GUGAUGCCGAGGAAGACACUUCUCUCCGAGUCUUAGUCUGCCCACCUGUGAAACGGGCUCACAACAAACCCCUGACCCCAGGCUCGGUCGCCUUGAGUCCAAGACCUCACCCAAUCCCCUCACCCCCCGGGCCCUCAGGAGGCGCGGGGACUCGGGGAGGGGGCGGCCCCUUCCUCGGGAGGCGCCCAGGUGGCACGUCGGUGCCUCAGCUCCUGGGGUCUCUGGGCUCCGCGCUGCCCGUGGGAUGCAGAGGGGCCUCUGGAGGGGGCGGGUUCUCUCGAGCCAGAAAGCCCGGAGCCGCCCAGGAAUUUUGGCUCGAACUGAGAGCACUUCCUCCCGGGCCGGCCGGGCGCGAUCCGGGAAGGGCGGCUGCGGGCAGACGCGGCGCUGCGCUCUGCCGGGCCGGCACCAUGCGGCCCCUGCUCUGCGCGCUGGCCGGGCUGGCCCUGCUCCGCGCCGCGGGCUCUUUGGCCGCUGCAGAACCCUUCAGCCCUCCACGAGGAGAUUCAGCUCAGAGCACAGUGUGUGACAGACAUAUGGCUGUGCAACGCCGUCUAGAUGUCAUGGAGGAGAUGGCUUCUGAGCCCCGGAGCUGGAGCCCAGCAGCUGGAGGUGGUGCACCUGCCAGGCAGCACCCACAGAGCCAGCCCUGUCCUCUCGCCGUCCUUCCUCAGCUUCAUGUGAAAUAAAAACUAUUCUUUUGGUCUCC